AUGAGUAUAGGUGUGAUAUUGACAGUGGCAGGAGAAACAAAAUUUAAUUUGAUAGGAUUUUUCUUAGUAUUGGGUGCAGCAAUUAUUAGUGGUUUGAGAUGGACAUUGACACAAAUAUUGUUGCAGAAAGAGGAAGGAAUGAAUGAUCCAAUUUCAACACUUUAUUACAUCUCACCUGUAAUGUUUAUCUUGAUGUUUAUUCUUUCUUUGAUGUUUGAAAAUCUUUUUUUCAUCUCUGGUACUUCUAUACAUUUUCAAGAUUUUACAACUGGCUUACAAACAUUUGGUUUAAUGUUAACAGGUGGCUUGUUAGCUUUUUGUAUGACUGUGGCCGAAUUUUCUUUAAUCAAAAAUACAAGCACUGUCACAUUAUCUGUAGCUGGUAUUAGUAAAGAAGUGCUUAUCAUCACUCUUUCUGUCAUUAUCUAUCAUGAUGUAAUAACUUCUAUAAAUUUCUUGGGGUAA